AACGACGCCGCCCCGGCAACAUCCGGUCGCAGCGACUCUUCUCUGGUCCCCGGUAACGCCGUCGCCUCCUCUUCCUCCUCCGCCCUCGGGGACGAUUGCGGGACACCUGAUUGUCUUCUCUCUCUCCUCAGCAACUAGACAGACAGACAGACGGACAGACAAGAUGCAGGCGCUUUUCGGACGCAGGAAGACCCCGGAGGAGUUACUGCGGCAGAACAUCCGGGCGUUGAACCGCGCCAUGAGGGACCUGGACCGCGAGCGCUCCAAGCUGGAGGGUCAAGAGAAGAAAAUCAUCGCCGACAUCAAGAAGAUGGCAAAGCAGGGUCAGAUGGACGCUGUUAAGAUCAUGGCCAAAGACCUGGUCCGCACCCGUCGCUACGUCAAGAAGUUCAUCAUGAUGCGAGCCAACAUCCAGGCCGUGUCGCUGAAGAUCCAGACAUUGAAAUCCAACAACACCAUGGCCCAAGCCAUGAAGGGGGUCACCAGAGCCAUGGCCACCAUGAACAAACAGAUGAAUCUGCCCCAGAUUCAGAAGAUCAUGAUGGAGUUUGAAAGGCAGUCGGAGAUUAUGGAGAUGAAGGAGGAAAUGAUGAACGACGCCAUCGAUGACGCAAUGGGCGACGAGGACGAUGAGGAGGAGAGCGAUGCAAUUGUGUCUCAGGUGCUGGAUGAACUCGGUCUGAAUCUGACAGAUGAACUGUCCAACUUGCCAUCCACCGGAGCGACACUGAACGCCAAAGAGGGAAAGGAGGCAGACAAUGCAGAUGCAGACCUGGAGCAGAGGCUGAGCAAACUGCGCAGAGACUGAAUGAGAAGCUGCGCUCUCUCUCUCUCUCCCUCCCUCUCUCUCUCUCUCUUUCUCUCUCUCACAGUUCCUGUUCAUUAUAGUUCCAGGACAAUGCCCCGAUACAUAUCGAGAAAACUCGAGACUUUUGAGUAUUUUUGCUUUGUUUCCCCCCCCCCCCCCCGCUGUUUGAAGGAGAAAGAUUAGAAAACUAAACGCUAAGCGAGACCCUCCAAGGCUUUGAAGAGCUUUGAGACGUCUCGAAGACGUGAUAAGACGCUGUAUAAAAUGCAAGGAUUAUUAUUAUAAGCAACCCACGGACCUUAACAAAUCAGGGGGAUGGGGUAGGGGUUAAACAAAGAGCCAGGGUGCCCUCCGAGGUACUUUCUAUUUCCCUCCUCUUUCCCCCCCCAUCCCUAGGUGUGGUUGAGAAGGAUGAACAAGGGGUGGGUCAGGUGGCUGGUUUCGCCCACAAAACAUAGUCAAUUCACGUUACUGUGAAGGGCUUUGAGACGUCCCGCAGACAUGAUAAGGCGCUGUAUCAAAUGCGAGGAUUAUUAUUAUUAUGAUUGAUUCUGUCCGGAGUGCAAACUGUUAACAUACCUUAAAUCGGGAGCUGAUUAAAACCCGGCCUCACCUCUCCACCCGCACGCUGUGUUUUUGGAAUUUACGGAACGCCGCUGGAAAAAUCACUCGGAUUCUGAUGGAAGGAUUGCUGUGCCUGUUCUCUUCCCCCCCACCCCCUCCCCCCCGCCCUCCUCCCCACCCCCUCACCAUUGAGAACGUACCUGACAAGACUUAGCCUUGUGGACGGCCAUUUCUAUUAGUUGUAACGUGAAAUCUCGGUCACCUUUGCCUGCUGUUUGGGGGCUUGCUGCUGGUUUUAUUCAGGUCUUUGCUUUAUUUUUUGUGUGGGUGGAGGGGGGGUAAAAUAAAUCCCUUUCCUGCUGCUGCUGUGAGCAGACAUCUCCCAAGGUUUCCGCAGAUUUUUUUUUCCCGCUGUUCGAAGACCGUGGUAUAAUUCUGUGAAGCGCUUUGAGAUGUCUCCACGACGUGAUAAGACGCUAUAUCAAAUGCGAGGAUUAUUAUUAUUGUUUGCGAGAGCAUCCUGCUGUAUUCUAGCUAUCGGGCUCCAGAUGUGCUGUGCAGGAAAGAGAAUCUCGCGCUGUUCUAGAUCGAUGUGCCUAGAGCUGGUCUGAGGUUGAAUCUAGAGCUGGACUGGGAUGCAAUCUAGAAUGGGUUAUGAUGGCGUCUGUUUAUCCCACGCUCCCGCUGCACUUUGACGCACAUUGUCUUGUAAGAAACACUUGUAUCUCGUCGCUCGCCCAUCUUACCUGGAAACUAACCGAAUGGCCUCACUAACGAACACGCGCAACGUAACGUCCUCUAAACACAGCCCCAAACCUGUUUGAUGCACUUUGUAUAACUGCUUUUCAGAUACGGGGAAAGUGGGGGAUGUGAAUGCUUUUAACUUGUGGUGGUGGUGGGGUAAUGUGGGGAGGGGGGAGAGACUGCCCAGAGCUAAGACGUCAAACCUCGUAGCCAGCUUUGCUGUGUAGUAAGGCUGCAGUGUAUAUAUUUAUAUAUAUGUGUUCGAUUGGGAUCUUUUCUGUCACAAUAAAUUCUUUACCUUUUGA